AUGAAUAUGGAUAGAUUUAAAUUACCAUCAUUUGGUAAAGCAACAGCUACUCACCAUCCUCCAGAUAUGUCUAAUGUCGAUACGAGACCUAAAAAGUUAAUGGUUGCUAAUUCCCCUAACAAUUCAUAUGCAUUAGCUAAUGUUAUAGCAGUUCAUCCUUCAGAUUUCCAAGAUAAUAUUUAUAUCUUGAUUGAUAACUUAUUUGUUUUCACCACUAGACAUGCUGCUGAUAUCCAACCUGGUACUAUUGGUUUGAAUGGUAAUCAACGUACUUGGGGUGGUUGGUCUUUGAACCAAGAAAUUCAAGCUAGAGGGUUUGAUUUAUUCAAAUAUUCUGGGAAACAUUCUUAUUUGGGUACUAUGGAUAUGGAAAUUUCAUUUAGAACUAGAGGAAAAGCUGUUAAUACGCCAUUCGAUCAAGAUGAAUUGGCUUUGCAUUUUGCGAAGACAUUUGAAUCGCAAAUUUUUAGUCCUACUCAAUACCUAAUAUUUGAAUUCAAAGGUUUCAUUUUUGAUAUUAAUAUUAGAAAUAUCCAAUCCAUUGAUCUAGGUGAUGUUGAUCCAGUAGCACCAAUUUCCACAGGUAUCGAAACAAAGGGUAUUCUUACUAAACAAACCCAAUUGAAUUUCUUCAAAGGUAGAGAUGGCUUAGUUAACUUGAAAUCAAAUAAUUCUUUAAGGCCAAGAUCGGAUGCUGUUAUUAGAUCAGAUUUCAAAUUUGAAGACUUGGGUGUUGGUGGUUUAGAUAAAGAGUUUACCAAGAUUUUUAGAAGAGCAUUCGCUAGUAGAAUUUUCCCUCCUGCUGUUAUUGAAAAAUUAGGUAUCUCCCACGUCAAGGGUUUAUUGUUAUAUGGUCCACCAGGUACAGGUAAAACCUUGAUUGCCAGAAAAAUUGGUACUAUGUUGAAUGCUAAAGAACCAAAAAUUGUUAAUGGUCCAGAAAUUUUAAGUAAGUAUGUUGGUUCUUCUGAAGAAAAUAUUCGUAAUCUAUUCAAAGAUGCUGAAGCUGAAUAUAGAGCAAAAGGUGAAGAAUCAUCAUUGCAUAUUAUUAUCUUUGAUGAAUUGGAUUCUGUAUUUAAACAAAGAGGUUCAAGAGGUGAUGGUACAGGUGUUGGUGAUAAUGUAGUUAACCAAUUGUUAGCUAAAAUGGAUGGUGUUGAUCAAUUGAAUAAUAUUCUAGUUAUUGGUAUGACUAAUCGUAAAGAUUUGAUCGAUAGUGCCUUAUUACGUCCUGGUAGAUUUGAAGUUCAAGUAGAAAUUCAUUUACCUGAUGAGAAGGGUAGAGUUCAAAUUUUUGAAAUUCAAACUAAAAAGAUGAGAGAAAACAAUAUGAUGGAUAAAGAUGUAAAUUUACAGGAAUUAGCUGCAUUAACCAAGAAUUUUUCAGGUGCUGAAAUUGAAGGUUUGGUUAAGAGUGCAAGUUCUUUUGCCAUUAACAAGACUGUUAAUAUUGGUCAAGGUUCAACUAAGCUAAAUCAAAAAGAUAUCGCUAAAUUGAAGGUCACUAGAGAAGAUUUCUUGAAUUCCUUGAAUGAAGUGACACCAGCAUUCGGUAUUAGUGAAGAAGAUUUAAAGACAUGUGUUGAAGGUGGUAUUAUAAGAUAUUCAGAGAAAGUUGAUGCUAUCUUGAAACAUGGUGAAAGAUAUGUACGUCAAGUCAGUGAGAGUGAUAAAUCACGUCUGGUUUCACUAUUAAUUCAUGGUCCGGCUGGUUCUGGUAAAACUGCUUUAGCCGCUGCUAUUGCCCUACAAUCUCAAUUUCCAUUUAUUAGAUUGAUAUCUCCAAAUGAAUUAUCAGGUAUGUCAGAAAGUGCAAAGAUUGCGUAUAUUGACAAUACUUUCAGGGAUGCUUAUAAAUCACCUUUGAAUAUCUUGGUUAUUGAUUCUAUUGAAACUUUAGUUGAUUGGGUUCCAAUCGGUCCAAGAUUCUCUAACAACAUUUUACAGGUAUUAAAAGUUGCUUUGAAACGUAAACCUCCACAAGACCGUAGACUAUUAAUCAUGACUACAACAUCCACGUAUUCUGUUCUGCAACAAAUGGACAUUAUGGGUUGUUUUGACAAUGAAAUUGCUAUACCUAACAUGACUUCAUAUGAUGAAUUUAACAAGGUAAUGGUUGACUCUGGUUUCUUAGAUGACAACGGAAGAGUUGCUGUUGUCAAUCAAUUAUCUUCUGUAUGUCCGCAAUUUAACUGUGGUAUCAAGAAAGCUUUAACUAACAUUGAAACUGCAAGACAUGAUGAAGAUCCAGUUAAUGAGAUUAUUGAAUUAAUGGCAAAUUCUAGCGCUUAA